AUGGGGCCGCUACGGGACAGCACCAAGGAGCCGAGAGCGGCGCCGGAGAAGGAGGCGACCCGCAGCCGCAUCCCGCGCCUCGUCCUGCGGCCGCAGCAGCACAAGGUGUCGCCCGCCUCCGAGUCGCCCUUCUCGGAGGAGGAGAGCCGCGACUUCCCGCCCACCGCCUCCUCGGGCUGCUCCGCCAGGACCGCCAGCAGCAACAGCUUCUGCUCAGAUGACACUGGUUGUCCCAGUAGCCAGUCAGUAUCUCCAGUUAAGACUCCUUCUGAUGCUGGAAACAGUCCCAUCAGUUUUUGCAGUGGCAGCGAUGGAGACUUUGCCAGAAAGAAAUUUCAUUCAGGGGCAAUGAGUGAAGGAAACCUGCAGGUGGCUCGGUAUAAGAAGGAGACAAAGACAAGCCUUGUAAAGCCCGGGAGUGAAGCUGAUUUUAGCUCUUCAAGCAGCACAGGCAGUAUUUCAGCUCCUGAAAUCCAUAUGUCUGCUGCUGGAAGCAAGAGAUCUUCUUUUUCUCGCAAUCGUGGCUCUUGUGGUCGGAAUAACGGAUCUUCAUCCAGCAAGUCUGGGAGCAGCCCCCCUAUCUCCCGUGAAAAGGAGCUUUUGUUAGCACUCUACAGAAGUCAGCUGAAUCCUGGUAACAACCCCCAGGAUUAUGGGUUUUCUUCAACUAGUAGCAGUAACUCAGGCUCCUACAAAGGAAGUGGCAACAGCCCAGUCAUGAGGCGAUCAGGAAGAUACCUGUCUUGUGGUGAGAACCAUGGCAUUAAGGCACCAAGUCCAGAGCAGUAUUUGACUCCUCUGCAGCAGAAGGAAGUUACGGUGCGACAUCUGAAAACAAAGCUGAAAGAAUCUGAGAGCAAACUUAAAGAAAGGGAAACAGAAAUACAAGAGCUCAAGGCUCAGCUGGGACGCAUGAGGGAAGACUGGAUUGAAGAAGAGUGUCAUCGUGUGGAGGCACAGCUGGCCUUAAAAGAAGCGAAAAAGGAAAUUAAGCAACUCAAGCAGGUUAUUGAAACAAUGAAGGAUAGCUUGGCUGAGAAAGACAAAGGCAUCCAGAAAUACUUCAUAGACAUAAACAUUCAAAACAAGAAGCUGGAGUCUUUGCUUCACAGCAUGGAGAUGGCGCAGAGCGGCUCUCUGCGGGAUGAGCAGGGCCUGGACUACAUGUGCGACUCACCGGAGAAGUCAGUAGAGUUGGAUUCCAAAAUGCCAGAGAGCCCAGCUGCAGAAGAGCGGGAAGCACUGCCGGGGGUGGAAGACAGCGGGCUGCUCCUAAGCGAAGACAAGACUAACGGGACUGAUUCAUAUGAAGAGGGUUCAACUACCACAACUUCUGACUUGGGUGAUCAACUUCUCUUCAGUUCUGCUGGGAGUCAGGAAGUACUUGAAAAUGUUCCGGAUGAAAAAUCUCUUUCUUCCCUGGAAAGGGAGGAAAGCAGCAACGACAUGAUGGUGGUGGAACAGGCCAUCCAGACAGAUGUGGUGCCAUAUAACCUAGAUGUGAAGCAGCUCAUUCAGAAUAUCCUCAGGUCUCAAGAGGUCACUCCUGUUGAUCCACCUUUCCUGCUGAAAGAAUUGGAUGAUUUUCCUUCUGAAAGCCUCAGUGAUUCUGGUGUAGUAAUAGACCUAACUCCAAGUGAUCCAAACUCUGCCAUUCUUUUGUCUCCUAUGGAGCCUCCAUGCAGCRCAGCGGAUUACGAAGUUAACGAAAACCGGGUCAUGAAAGAACUUGAUUUUAUAGAGCCUCAUGGGCAAGCUUUUGAGCACGUCAAUACUUUCUCUCAGACAGGAAUUGUGAAGAGAUACUGGAGUAGCCGUCUCCUUGUAGAUGUUCUGGCUGUAGCAGCCCCUGUUGUACCAAGCAUCAUGUGGGCAUUCAGUACUCAGAGAGGAGGAAUAGAUCCCAUUUAUAAUAUUGGAGCAUUACUUCGUGGCUGCUGCUUGGUGGCCCUGCACUCUUUACGUCGUGCGCCCUUCAGAAACAAAACCUAAAUUCCAUCUGUUACUGGGCAYCGAUUGGCUGGGGAAGAGGGAAAGAAGGAUUUAGAUAGAUGAUAAAAAGAUAUAGUAUUUUAUGUAAGAGUCCAUCAUUUUGCUCGUGACUAUUUGAUUUGCACUAUAACUUGGUUCAAAACAUGUUCCUUGUUUCACAACAGAGAGGUUCAACGCUGUAGUUCCACAAGAUGUUUUUCACUGGCACAAGCCAGUACUGCUGCCUACAGAAACAGCCCUGUCUGCUGCCRGCCACGUGGCCCUCCCCUGUGCUGGUAUCUUCUGGGUUCCCUCACAUCAGCACAGCRAGAAGCAACCAGGAGAAGGAAGGAGGGUCACACCAAGCACUCUGUGUACGUGUUUGCUCAAUCGGUUUUAAAGGUCAGUCUGUUUCCCUGGCUGCGUCACUGAGCAAGUGCACGAAGCCUCUCUGCUGGCUCAGGGAUGCAAGCAGGGACAAAUGCCAGAGAGGGCGGGAAUUUUCCUUAGGCAGCAGUAACCAAAAACAUUUGUGAAACUGCAGCGUUAAGUGACAUGGAGACUUGUUUCCACUAAGUGUAUCACACGUGUACUCUUGAAAGCAUGCUGGCGCUUUCCAUUUGUAGUCUGAAUUGUCAAUUCGAUUUAGCAAAUCCGUAUUUCCAAGGCAGCUUCCAGCACAUAGCUUAUGCCUGUCUCGUGUAGUGCUCUUAAAUUACACAUUUGCUCGAGCGUUCCACUGGUCUUGUGCUUUUAAGGGGACUGUAACCAAAAUUGUAAGUUGUUGGGAGUCUUGAAUCUUGUUACAAUGAUAAAUGUGGACGUGGAUACACUUUGAAUAUUAAUGUUGUUUUAAGGUCUUAAAUGUAUUGGAACCUGAUAGUCAUUUGAGCCCUGUGAAAUACUCUUUAUAAAUGUAUUGUCUAUUAACUUAUUGGUUAUU